AUGCCUAUCAUAGGAGGUUACACGAGAAAUACGCUCAUCUUCUGCGGCGCCGAUGCCUGGGAUGAUAUUUACGGUAACAAACCCGGAAAGCCAGAUUUCGAGAAAUCCCCUCUUCAAGCCGGCGGUCUCCCCCAACACAUUCCCGCCCGUGCCCUUACUCUCGCUCCAUGGAACGACCACGUUCGCCAGCGCAAGGCGUGGGCCUAUGGCUUUAGUAACACUGCCCUCCUCGGUCAAGAACCCUUGAUCCAAACGCAUAUCGACAAGCUGAUCGCCUCCUUGCAUCGCCUAGCCGGCAAACCAGACGAGGUCAAGGCCGUCGACAUGGCUGCAUGGCUCACCUACACCACCUUCGACAUCAUCGGUGAGCUCUGCUUUGCGGAGCCUUUUGGCUGUCUCAACAGCGGCGAGGCGGGCGAGUGGUCAACCAGCAUCGUCAACAUCGCCAACGCGGGCAUGUACGACCAAGCCAUGCGCCGACUUACGGGAGUCGGGACGUGGCUGACAGCGUUCUUGGCCAAGAACUUGACGCCGAAAAAGUACACCGCGUGGAGACAGGCGCAUUUCCUGAAGGCGAAAGAAAAGACGAUGCGCAGGCUGGCGGAUGAGGAUCGUGAGCACAAGGAUUUCAUUUACUACGUGUUGAGAAACAACGAAGCAAAAGCGCUGUUGAGCGAGCUGGAGAUUGUCAUGAACACGGCUUUGUUUACUGCGGCAGGAAGCGAUACCACGGCUACCAUGCUAGCUGCUUGGACGAAUUUGAUGCUGAGGAACCGAGACAAGUACAAGAAACUCGUCGACGAAGUGCGCGGUACUUUCAAAUCUGCGAGUGACAUCAGCUGGGCGACUGUCAAGGACCUACCGUAUCUGAACGCCGUCAACCAAGAGGUCUUGAGAAUCUGUGCGCCUGUGCCGACCAACCUCUGUCGUGUCGUACCUCCCGGUGGUGCGGUUAUUGAUGGCCAUCCCGUUCCAGGCGGAACAACAGUCUCCCUCUCCCCCUGGGCCGCCACUCACCUCCCACUCAACUUCUCUCGCCCACUCGACUUUCUUCCCGAGCGCUGGCUUUCCUAUUCUUCCUCCCCUUCUUCUGCGUCCUCCAACUCCGUCAACGCCAAAUCCGAAUCCGAAUUCUCCACAGACAAACCCCACGCCUCCCAACCCUUCAGCCACGGUCCCCGCGGCUGCAUCGGCAAAAACCUAAGCAACAUCGAGCAGCGACUGAUCAUGGCUCAUCUGGUCUGGCACUUUGACUUAGAAGUUCCUGAUGGGGAAACCGAACAAGAGGAGAACGAGAAGUGGGAUCCAAGCGGUGAUAUGAAGGGGUUGAAGGCUUGGUUGGUUUGGCAGAAGCCUAGCUUGUGGGUGAAGUUGAGGGUUGUUGUUGAUCGUCGCGAGACAGACAGGAAUAGGAAUUGUUGGAACGUGAGGGAUCGGUUUGUGGCUGAGGCUGAGGGGGGUGGUUAA